AACUUGUAUUUUCAGUUGAGUUCAGUCACAAGCCCAAAAAAUCGAAGACAAAGAAACACAGAGCAGAGAGAGAGAUUCAGGGUGAAAAUGGCCUGGUGUAGUUUAAGGUCUAUUCACGUUCCAACCGUCGAUGUCGGAUUACUACGCACUCGCUCCCCGUUAGCCGCUGUCGGUGGAGUCGUUGCCGGCUCUUCAUUUUUGCGAUCUUCCUCCAGAAAUGGCUCUCCUUUUGCUUGCUUAAGCCUAUCCACUUCUCCUGGGAUUAAGGAGGCUGUGGCAACUGACAAAGCUCCAGCAGCAUUGGGACCAUAUUCUCAGGCCAUCAAGGCCAAUAAUCUUCUCUUUGUCUCCGGUGUUCUCGGUCUUAUUCCAGAGACUGGAAAGUUCAUCUCAGACAGUGUAGAGGAUCAAACCGAGCAGGUACUGAAAAAUAUGGGAGAAAUACUGAAAGCUAGUGGUGCUGACUAUUCCUCUGUGGUUAAGACGACAAUUAUGCUAGCUGACUUGAAAGACUUCAAGAAAGUAAAUGAGAUCUAUGCUAAAUACUUUCCUUCACCAGCACCGGCACGUUCGACAUAUCAGGUAGCUGCAUUGCCAUUGGAUGCCAAGAUUGAAAUUGAAUGCAUUGCGGCACUCAAGGCAUGAUGACAGGGGAGUUUGAAGUUACAAGGUAGGAAACUAAGCUCUUAAAGAGUUUAUGUCUCAUUUGCAGUUAUUAAUCCCUUUGUUGCGUACCAGGUACAGUUGGUAAACUUAGAAUGUGAUGUUUGAACUGAAUAAUGUUUCGAGACAAGAAUCUACGGUUGUCAUGAGUUUUAUGUC